AUGAGCGUCAUAUCAAAUUGUUUAGUGUUGGCGCUGUGUAUCAGCGCGCACAGGGUCUUGGCAGUCCCCCGGGUUGAGGAGGAUGUUGGAUCCGGUGACAGCGCCUCGACCCUGGCCUUUGUGUUCGAUGUUACCGGCUCCAUGUACGACGACUUGAAACAGGUGAUAGAGGGCGCCUCACGGAUUCUGGAAAAGACCCUCAACCGGAGGACCAGACCCAUCAAAAACUUUGUCCUGGUCCCAUUCCAUGACCCAGAUAUCGGCCCCGUGUCUAUAACUACUGAUCCAGAAAAGUUCCAGCAGGAUCUGCAAGAGCUGUUUGUCCAGGGUGGGGGAGACUGUCCUGAGAUGAGUAUAGGAGCCAUAAAGAAAGCCCUGGAGGUUUCCCUGCCUGGAUCGUUCAUCUAUGUCUUCACUGAUGCCAGAGCCAAAGACUACCGCCUCAAACGUGAUGUGCUGCAGCUGGUGCAGCUCCGUCAGUCACAGGUGGUAUUUGUGUUGACUGGGGACUGUGGGGACCGCUCUCAGCCUGGCUACAGAGCCUAUGAGGAGAUUGCCGCCACUUCCUCCGGACAAAUCUUUCAUCUGGACAAGCAGCAAGUCAAUGAGGUUUUGAAGUGGGUAGAGGAGACAGUUCAGGCUUUGAAGGUCCACCUACUGUCCUCCAACCAUGACAGUGCCCAAGAGAACCAGUGGGAGGUGCCGUUUGACCCCAGCCUCAGAGAGGUCACUGUGUCACUCAGCGGACCAGCGCCACAGAUCGAACUCAGAGAUCCCUUUGGGCGGCUUGUUGGUGUUGAGCAGGGCCUUACAGAGCUGUUGAACAUCCCUAACUCAGCCCGUGUUGUCAACCUGAAGUUUCCUAGACCUGGAGCUUGGAAUCUGAAGGUGAGCUGCAGUGGACGCCAUACUCUGAGGGUCACAGGAGUCAGCAAUCUAGACUUCCGGGCUGGCUUCUCAAGUGUACCCGUUUCUGAGUUCAACCACACCAAGGGGAGGCCAGUAAAAGGAGUUCCAGCCCACGUUUUGCUGAAAUGUACAGGCCUUAAGCCUCCAGGCCAGCUGAACCAUGUGGAGCUGAUGUCAGGUUCAGGCCGCUCUUUACGCACUAUCCCUGUCCCUUUGCCCUCCGACCUGGGCAGCCGAGGAUUGUGGAGUCUCCCUGAGUUCCGCACCCCUUCCCAAAGCUUCUUUAUCAAGGUGGUUGGGAAGGAUGAGGAGGGCUACCGCUUCCAGAGACUGUCCAGUGUUUCGUACACCAACAUAAUUCCAGAUCCCCCGGCUGUGAGCAUGCCUGAUGUGGUAAAAGGCUUCUAUAUGCAGCCUGCUGUGAUCGACUGCUCAGUGGAGAGUGACAUCCCCUAUAGGCUAAGAUUCACCAGAAGUGGGAUUACACUGGGAGAGGAAAAGUUCUUUCAGAAUUCUGCCAAAGUAUCAUGGGAGAUUGCCCAUGCAUCAGGUGAGGAUGAAGAUCUGUAUGAGUGCAUAGCACAGAGCAGCGCAGGACAGGGACGUGCCUUAACACAGCUGACUGUUAGAGAGCCACCUCCUGUCCUGAAGGCCCCUGUCAAUGUGAGUUCAUCUGUGGGCGCCGUGGCUGUGCUGUCCUGCCAGGUGGAGGGUACCAUGCGCCACAAUCUAACGUGGCACAGGGCAGGUCGUAUCAUCUUGGCCCAUGCAGGGAGGGUGAGGUUGCUCUCUGACUCAUCCCUGCAGAUCAGUGGGGUGCAGCCUCAGGAUGCUGGGGAGUACCACUGUGUGGCCGCCAACGCCCACGGACACAGCAGAAUCACUGUGUGGCUUCUCGUCCCAGAGGCUCCUUCUGUGGUAGUCAGCCCCCAGAGCCAGGCCUUCUCCCGAGGGGAUGAAAUCCGCCUUGUCUGCUCGGCGUCCGGCUCUCCCCCUCCUCAGCUCUUCUGGAGCCAUGGAAACAUGUUUCUCACUAAUCGGCCGAGAUUGAGCUUAAACCAAAAUGGACUCCUGAUCAUUAGAGGGGCCAUGUCAGAGGAUGCGGGGAACUACACAUGUCUGGCAACAAAUGAAGCUGGAACUGCCUCACAGUCUGUGUCUCUCACUUAUGCAGAGGUACCUAGAAUUACAGUGGUCCAGCCGGCUGUGUUUGUGGCUGUUGGAGGCAAUGCUACUCUGCAGUGUCAAGCCAUAGGUGUCCCACCACCACUUGUCCAGUGGUACAAAGGUGAUCUUGAGGUAGGGUCUGCCCCUUUUGCUGAGCAGGAUGUAUACCGUGGCACCCUGCAGAUUCGAGGGGUGCAGGAGGUGGAUGCUGGCGAGUAUCGCUGUUUGGCCAGCAGCCCUGCGGGAUCUUCCUCUGGCACUGUCAUUCUGGAGGUCGGAGCGGGGCCAUUGUUCUCUGAGGCACCAGCUGACAUGACAGCCAAUGUAGGGGAGAAUAUCACACUCCCCUGUGCUGCCCGAGGUUUCCCAUUGCCAACAGUGACCUGGCGCAGAGAGAACAGCAGACAGAUUUUUACUGGGACAGACAGCCAAAGUAGAACAAUGCAGCUGGAGAAUGGACAUCUUCUAAUCCAGAGUGUCUGGCUGGAUGAUGAAGGACUGUACAUUUGUGAGGCCAAGAACCAGUUUGGAACCAUCAAAACUGAGGCCAGAGUCAGUGUCACAGGACUGGAGCCCCCUCUCUUGGCCCAAGGUGCCCCUGUUAUCACUACAGGGAUUGGUCAGUCCCUCAGUAUUCCUUGCAUGCUGCUGGAUGGGAUACCUCUUCCAGAGAGACACUGGUCCCAAAAUGGAAAACCGGUGCAGCGGAACAGCAGAACGUUCCUGAGAAGUGACGGCAGCCUGUACAUUGAAAGAACCGUCCCAGAGGAUGCUGGGACGUACGUCUGCACGGCGGUGAAUGUAGCGGGCACCACAAACAUCACGGUCAGCCUGGAGGUUCACGUGCCCCCUGAGAUCAACGCUGGUCCUUACCACUACAUAGCCAACGAGGGUGUAGCCAUCACACUGUCAUGUGAGGCCAGUGGUGUUCCCAAGCCAACGGUUGUCUGGUCCAAGGGGAGACAGCCCUUGCCCAGAGACCGUGUGUCUCUUCAGUCCAACCCUGAUGGACAUCUCCACAUCCUCCGCCCCACCGCCGACGAUGCAGGCAUCUACAUCUGCACCGCCACCAGUCCUGUUGGCUACGCCAGCCGAGAGAUCCAGCUCAGUGUCAACACCAUGCCUAAGAUAAUGGGUAUUAGCGGCCAUAACAACACAGUGAAGAUGGCUGCUGAGGUGGGGACAGAGGUCAUUCUACCUUGUGAGGUCCAGGGUAGUCCCUCUCCACUGGUCACAUGGAGCCGAAAUGGACAGCCCAUCCCCCCCGUCACAGCCUGGUUCACUGUUUUGCCUUCAGGCUCCCUGAAGAUCACUGAUGUGCGCCUGAUUGAUAGUAAACUGUACACCUGCACUGCAGUAAACCCAGCAGGCAACGUGUCCCUAAGCUACAAUUUACACAUUCAAGCCAAGCCUCGGAUUCAGGUGGCUCCGUCCCUGCUGAAAGCCCUGAUUGGACAAACAGUGACUCUGCCCUGUGUGGUCCAGGGGGAGCCAAGCCCCGAGGUCACUUGGUUCCACAAUGGGGUCCCUGUUGGGGUCAGGGACACUGUGGCCCUCAGGAUCCAGCACGUCAGCCUCACUGACCAGGGCACCUACCAGUGUGUGGCCAAGAACAACGCUGGACAAGACACCUUGGAGAUCAAACUGGAAGUUCUCGAGGCCCCAACCUUUCCAGAGCCUGGAGAUGCCAUCAUGGAGAAAGUAGCGAAAAGCAAGGUCAUCAUUCCGUGCCCUGCUGAAGGUUCACCACCUCCCAAAGUACGGUGGUUCAAGAAUGGCCUGGAGAUAAACUCUGAUCAGUCAGAGCUUUCUUUGGCACAGGACGGAUCUCUUGUGAUCAGCGCAGCAUCUGCCAGCCACAGUGGGGAUUUCAAAUGUGUGGCAAGCAAUGAGGCAGGCUCUGUUGAAAGAAAGACAAGGUUGAAAGUGAAUGUUCCCCCUGAGAUCCAGGAUGACAGCCAGCCCCUGAACCUUACUGUCACCUUGAAGCAGCCUCUCACUCUUGGCUGUGAUGCCUUUGGGAUCCCCUCACCAUCAAUCACCUGGACUAAAGACGGUCAUCCUGUGGACACUCCUGGAGUAUACCUACAGAAUGGGCAAAGACUACUGAGAAUCUACAGGGUUCAGUCAGAGCAUGCAGGCCAGUUCACCUGCACAGCCCGCAACUCAGCUGGAGAGGCCCGGAGAGAAUAUAACAUAGUGGUGCAAGCUCCACCAGUGAUCUCAGGAACAUCCCGACUGCAGGAGGUGUCUGUGGUACUGGGGCAGGAAGUGCAAUUUCAGUGCCGGGUCAGCGGGAGACCAGCACCCAGGGUGGAAUGGAGCCGUGAUGGAGAGGUUCUGUCCCGUGAUGGAGACCCCCAUGUGGAGUUUCUUGAAGAUGGCCAGGUGUUGAAGGUGAAGUCAGUUAGACUGAGGGACCAGGGACUUUACCAGUGUCUGGCCACUAACAACGCAGGAACUCAGAUGCGCCAGUUCAGACUGACUGUGCAAGCUCCCCCGACCAUCAAGGGCCCCAGUGAGACCUCGGAGGUGUCAGUGGUGCUGGGAUUCCCCACAGUCUUACCCUGUGAUGUUGAGGGCUCUCCCUCACCAAGCAUCACCUGGUUGAAGGACAACCACCCCAUCGUGUCCAGUGCCCAGCUGACCUACACCCGUGGCGGCCAGGCUCUUCGACUGGGAUCAGCACAGGGAGACAGUGCUGGCCUCUAUACAUGCCGGGCCACCAACCCCGCUGGCACCGCUCUCAAACACUAUUCCCUCAGCGUCCUGGUCCCACCACAGAUAGAAGGAGAUUCAACAUCCUUGACAUUUGGUAGCCGGGAAGAGAAAGUACGGAUCAAUGGCACUUUAACUCUGUCCUGCUUAGCCAAGGGUUUCCCUGAGCCUAAGACUCAAUGGUUCAAAGAUGGACAGCUGCUGAGUGGAAACUUUCAUGCUGGUAUUCGAGAGAGUGGCCACUUCCUCCACAUAGAGAAUGCCAUGCUGUCCCAUGAGGGGCAGUACACCUGUGUGGUCACCAACUCUGCAGGAGAGGACAAGAGGGAUUUUCGAAUCACCAUCCAGGUUCCUCCAGUCUUCCAGCGGGUGACUAACAGGGAGGCAGCCUGGGGUCUGGGAGAGGAUAAGGAGGAUGCCAGUGAAGACAAGACAGAAAAAAGGGAGGUAGUCCUGGGCCAUCCCAUCACCCUGUCCUGUGAGAGUAACGCCAUCCCCCCACCCAAACUCAGCUGGUACAGAGAAGGACAUAAACUUAGCACUGCUGAUGGAGUGGUACUGCUUCCAGGUGGACAGGUGCUACAGAUCUCGCGAGUGCAGAAAGAAGAUGCUGGAAAGUACACGUGUCAGGCUGUCAAUGAGGCAGGGGAGGACCGUAUGCACUUUGACCUGGAGGUCCUGGUCCCUCCUGUGAUCACGGGGGCGUCAGAUGAAUUCAUGGAGGAAAUAGGAGCAGUGGUCAACAGCACUGUGGUUCUCCAUUGUGAUGUGAUGGGUCACCCGGCACCAGUCGUCUCCUGGCUCAGGAACGGGCAGCCAGUGCGCCCGGACACUCAGCACCACAUCAGUGAGGAUGGGACACAACUCCAGCUCCUCAGUGUCCAGGUGUCAGACAUGGACGGGUACCUGUGUGUGGCUGAGAACAAGGUCGGGUCAGUUGAGAAACUCUUCAGUCUGACAGUGCAAGUGCCUCCCAGGAUAAUUGGCCAGAAGGAGGAAGAGGUUAGCGUGAUUGAGGGCCACAUGGUGUCGUUGCUGUGUGACGUCCAGGCCUAUCCUCCACCAGAGAUCACGUGGACCAGAGAUGGUCAAAUCCUGCAGUUCAGCACUGGCAUUCACAUCCUGCCAGGCGGCCAGAUGCUGCAGCUGCCCCGAGUGCGAGUGGAGGAUGCAGGUCAAUAUGUGUGCACAGCCACCAACUCAGCUGGCCAGGAUCAGAAGAGCAUCCUACUCAGUGUUUAUGUCUUGCCAACCUUGAAGCCCCGUCUUGACUCUGAGUCAGAGGUGGUGACCCCUCAGGUGGGCUCGUCCGUCACGCUGAGAUGUGAGGCCCAGGGUGCGCCUGAGCCUGAGGUCACAUGGUACAAAAAUGGACUGCAGCUGCUGCCAGGAAAUGGACUGAAGAUGGAUCAUCACCAGCUUGAGAUCAUAGGAGUUCAGAUAGCAGACGGUGGCACCUACACCUGCAAAGUUUCAAAUGUAGCUGGACAGGUGGACAGGACAUUCAGGUUGUCAGUUCAUGUUCCUCCUGUCCUGGACGGGCCUCUCCAGGAGUCCCUGACACAGACCCUGGGCUCCCAUGUUACCCUAAUGUGUGAGGCCUCAGGGGUUCCUGUGCCCAGCAUCUCCUGGCUUAAGGAUGGCACCCCUAUCGAGAGCAGUCUGCAAUGGCAGUGGUCAAUUCGAGGCAACAGGCUGGAGCUGGGGCCUCUCAUGCUGUCUCAUGCCGGGACAUACACCUGUGUGGCCAAGAACAGCGAGGGAGUAACACAGAAGGACUACAUGCUCACAGUGCAGGUAUCCCCCACCAUCCUGGACUCUGGCCACCCUUCUGACUUAAGUGCUCCCAUGGGAGAGGAGCUGACCCUCGAGUGCAGAGCGAGUGGGAUCCCUGCACCAAAACUUAGCUGGCUGAAGGAUGGAGUGACUCUAGAGGGAUCAGAUACCCAGCACAUAGAUAUGACCUCAGAUGGCAGCACCUUAACCUUAUUGAGGCUGAGUCCUGAGGAUUCUGGGACAUACACCUGUCUGGCUGUCAGCCCCGCUGGCCAGGAGAGCAAAAUCUACACCCUCUUCGUACUAGUCCCACCAUCUAUCUCUGGUGAGACCACUGUUCCGAAAGAGGUGCAGACCACGCAGGACAGCAUUGUGACGCUGGAGUGCCAGACAGCAGGAAACCCCCCACCCCAGAUCAGCUGGCUGAAGAAUGGGCGCCCCCUGCUCCUUUCUCCCCGUACUCGCCUCCUCUCCGGUGACUCUGUUCUUAGGAUUUCUCCUGUCCAGUUGUCUGAUUCUGGAGUUUACACAUGUGUGGCACGUAGUCGAGCUGGUCUUGCUGAGCUCAGUUAUGAUGUCCAAGUCCAAGUGCCCCCCGGUGUGGAUCAUGUUGAACCAGUGGAGCCGGUCACAGUGGUUCAGGGGUCCCUGGUGACACUGACCUGUGAAGCGCGGGGUGUGCCCCCUCCCACUUUGACUUGGAUGAAAGAUGGCCAGCCGCUGUCGCUUCACCGCAACCUGCUGCUGGAUGGACAGGAGACACGGCUGCAGCUGCCGGAUGUGGCGCCCUCAGACAGAGGGCUCUACAGCUGUGUGGCCAGUAACCAGGCUGGAAGCAGUACAAAGAGCUUUAACCUCACUGUGCUAGAGCCCCCAAAGAUAUCCAGCUCCAGCUCCCCAGAUGAGCUGACCAUAGCAGUAAACAGUCCUCUUGAACUAGAGUGCUCUGCUGUGGGUGUUCCCCCUCCUACCCUCACCUGGCUCAAGGAUGGUCGCCCCUUGGAGGGGGCUGACAUCAUCCAGCAGGAUGGACAUUUUCUCAGGAUUAGCAAAGUUCAGGUUGAGGACGCAGGUCUGUACACCUGUUUGGCCAGCAGCCUAGCUGGAGAGGAUGGAAAAAACCACUGGGUCCGAGUUCAAGUGCCGCCAACCCUCCUUGGCUCAGGUGAUGUGAGGACAGUGAACGUGCCAUUUAAGGGACACCUCACCUUGGAGUGCCUGGCUGAUAGCGACCCUCCUCCUGAUAUAGAGUGGUACAAAGACGAGGUCAAACUGCAGCUGGGGGGUCGUAUCCAGCGGCUGGCAGGGGGUCAGUACCUGGAGAUACAGGAGGUCCGACCUGAGGACAGUGGUCAGUACAGCUGUGUGGUCACCAACAUAGCUGGAAGCACCAGCCUGUUUUUCACUGUGGAGAUCCUCUUGCCCCCGGUCAUAAAGGAGAGCAGUUCAGUGGUGACAGCGCAUGUUGGCCAGGAUGCAGUUUUGCCUUGUGAAAUUGAAGGAGACUCUUCUCCUACAGUCAUGUGGAGAAAAGAUGGCUUCCCUGUGAUUCAGGAUAACAACAAGUAUACUAUGUUAUCAGAGGGCUCCUUGCGUGUACAUGGGGUUCAACUGAGUGAUGCUGGUCGCUACUACUGCACUGUGUCUAACCAGGCUGGCUCAGAUCACAGGGGAAUGGAUCUACGCGUGUUUGUGGGUCCUUCGAUCAGCCCGGGUCCAUUCAAUGUGACAGUAACCAUGGGGAUCAGAGCAGUGCUGAGCUGCGACACCACAGGCAUCCCUGCACCGAAAGUGACCUGGAAAAGGAAUGGCACUCCACUGGAUAUGAACCAGCAGCCUGGUGCUUACAGGUUACUGUCCUCUGGGUCGCUGGUCCUCUCCUCACCGUCCAGUGAGGAUGAAGGUUACUUUGAGUGUACUGCUGUCAAUGAUGUCGGAGAGGAGCGCAGGGUCAUUGAGGUCAUCCUGCAAGUUCCACCAUCGAUUGAAGAUGAUGUCACUGCAGUCACUGCUGUGAAAAUGUCUGCUGUAGUGCUACCCUGUCAUGUACAGGGACGCCCUCAGCCCACUGUCACCUGGACCAAGGGUGGAGCCAAACUGGGCUCCAGGGGAGGGAGUUAUCGUGUCCUGCCCACUGGGGUGUUGGAGAUAACUGCUGCUCUUCCAAGUCAUGCUGGCAGGUAUACUUGUUCAGCCCGUAACCCAGCUGGAGUUGCCCACAAACACAUCUCUCUCACUGUGCAAGAGCCCCCAGAGAUUAGGCCAAUGGCAGAGGAAGUACAAGUGGUGUUGCAUCAUGGGACUGUUCUACCUUGUGAGGUUCAAGGUUUCCCCAGACCUACUGUCACGUGGCAAAGAGAGGGAGUUCCCAUAGCAGCAGGUCACAGACUGGCUGUGCUUUCGAAUGGAGCUCUGAAGUUCUCUCGUGUCACGCUGGGUGAUGCUGGCACCUACCAGUGCCUGGCACAGAAUGAAGCUGGCGUAGCUGUUGGCAGGACUAAACUAGUCCUUCAAGUGCCACCAGUGCUGAGUGUACCUCGUGUGGAGUACACUACUGUACUGGGCCAGCCAGUCAGUCUGGAGUGUGCAGCUGAUGGGCAGCCUCAGCCUGAAGUUACUUGGUACAAGGAGAGGAGGCCUGUGCUGGAUGGCGCUCACAUACGUAUUUUUGGCAAUGGAACCCUGACAAUCACUGCUACCCAGCGCAGUGAUGCAGGCCUGUACACAUGUACUGCCAAGAACCUCGCUGGCAGAGCCAGCCAUGACAUGAGGCUGGCUAUUCAAGUUCCACCCAUGAUUCCUGCUGGGCAGAUGGAGCUGUCAGUCAUCCAGGGAUUUCAGGCCUUGCUGCCAUGUGUCGCUCAGGGUUCACCAGAACCCAAAAUAUCAUGGGAGAAAGAUGGAGCCAUUGUGCCCAACCUUCCUGGCAAAUUCACCGUCCUGCGAUCAGGGGAACUGAUCAUUGAGAGGGCUGAGCCAGGGGACGGUGGUGUGUUCACAUGUGUAGCCACCAACGCAGCAGGGUCUGUGAGACAAGACAUACGCCUGUCCAUCAACAUGAGGCCUGCCUUCAAGGAGUUACCAGGUGAUGUAACCUUGAACAAGGGUCAGAGUCUGGCCUUGUCCUGCCACGCUCAGGGAACACCCACUCCUGUCAUCUCCUGGACUGCCAACAACACUCCCCACCCAGGUGCCACUGUAGACGAGGCUGGCAGGAGCUCCUUGAUCAUUGACAACGUGACUAUGAGUGAUGCUGGAACCUAUGUGUGCAUAGCAGAAAACAGUGUGGGCUCCAUCAGAGCACUUUCUUUUGUCCGCAUCAGAGAACCACCAGUGUUGAAGGGUGAGGCCCACAUGUCUCAGACAGUCACCCAAGGUGGCACUGCUAUGCUAGACUGCCCAGUCCAUGGAGACCCCAGCCCUGUCCUCCGCUGGCUUCGGGAUGGAAGACCCCUCCUCCGCUCCCUUCGACUGCAAACCCUUCACAACGGCUCCCUAGUCAUCUACAGCAUCACUGCUGGAGAUGCAGGGGCGUACCAGUGUUUGGCUGAGAGCGAAGCUGGAACGGCUGAGAGGACUAUCACCCUCAAAGUCCAGAUCAAUGGAGGCUACUCUAACUGGGAGGAGUGGGGUCCGUGCAGCAGCACCUGUGGACAAGGGUUCCAAGAACGAAUCAGAUUAUGCAACAACCCAGAACCAGCCAAUGGGGGCCGCUCAUGUGACGGCCCCAGUAUUGACUCGAGGAAGUGUCAGACUGGUCUCUGCCCAGGUGAGGCUCCCCGCAAGGCCCGAGGGAGCCUGAUAGGCAUGGUGAACGAGAGGGAGUUCGGUGUGUCUUUCCUGGAGGCCAACAUUACAGACAAUGAGGACGAGGGUACCAGCACCCUGCAGGCACACCUGGACAAUGUCCCUCCCAGUGUGGGUCCGUUGCUGCGGGUGCUGGUGUCCGUAUUUACUCCCAUCUACUGGACCACUGUGCUGCAGAGUGAAGCAACCAGGAAUGGCUACUCUUUCACCCAGGGCCAGUUCAGACAGGAGUCUCAGCUGGAGUUUGAGACUGGGGAGAUUCUUCGUUUGACCCACGUUGCCAGAGGUCUUGAUUCCGAGGGAGUUUUACUAAUUGACAUUGUAAUCAAUGGAUUUGUCCCUCCUUCAUUAUCAGCUUCUCAUCUCAGUCUGCAGGAGUUUGAUGAGUCAUUUGUGCAGACAGGCCAAGGGCAGCUGUACUCUUGGUCGUCACAGGCCCACCAGAGAGGAGGAAACCCCAUGGUACUGCGGUGUAACCACACUAUUAUUUAUGAGGGCCAGGAGGAGCGCCAGGGGCCCCUAUUGCAGCUGUUGAAAGUUUCUGGGUUGAAUAGUGUCUACAACAUGUUUACUCUUAGUUUGGACUUCCACAUCACUGCCAGUCUUCUCAUACCAGAUGGUAACGGAGAGACAUGCCCCAAAGGCUUCAUUGUAGACACAGCCUCCUACUGUGCUGAUGAGGAUGAGUGUGCACUGCAGUCUCCCUGCUCUCAUACGUGUAACAACAUCAUGGGAGGCUUUUCCUGCGCCUGCCCGUCUGGUUUCACCAUCUCCACCGAGUCUAACACCUGCCAAGAUAUUGAUGAGUGUGCCCAGGGCUCCCACAUGUGCCACUACAACCAGCAGUGCGUCAACACAGUGGGAACAUACCGCUGCCAAGCAAAGUGUGGCCCAGGAUUUAAACCCAGCGCCAUGGGAACCAGCUGCGAAGAUGUGGAUGAGUGCCAAGAGUCCUCUCUUUCCCCAUGCCAGCAUCAAUGUCUCAACACCCUGGGCUCCUACCGCUGUAUCUGCCACCCUGGAUACCAGCUCUCAGGACACCGCUGCAUUGACAUCAAUGAGUGCAUGAGAAAUGUGUGCCCGGCUCACCAGCAGUGCCGCAACACAGAGGGAGGAUACCAGUGUUUUGACAGUUGUCCAGCUGGCAUGACCAAAGCAGAGAAUGGAGCCUGCAUGGACAUCGAUGAGUGCCAGGAUGGAAGCCAUAUGUGUCGCUAUUCUCAGAUCUGUCAGAACACCAUCGGAGGUUAUGGUUGUAUAUGUCCCAGAGGCUACCGAACCCAGGGAGUAGGCCUGCCGUGUUUGGACAUCGAUGAGUGCCUUCAGACGCCAAACCCUUGUGCCCACCAGUGCCGCAACGUGCCUGGCAGCUUUAGGUGCCUGUGCCCCCCAGGUACUGUCCUACUUGGGGAUGGGCGGUCUUGUGCUGGGUUAGAGAGAGGACAGACCUUCACCAAUGGGACCCGUGUCAGGGCAAGACUUCGCCCACAACUGGUGUCAUCUUUAGGCAGACCCAUCCUGUCCCGUACUCAUGGUGUGUCCCGCAUUACCAGACAGAGCUGUCCUGUGGGAUACACUAAUAGGGAUGGCACCUGUGUUGAUGUGGACGAAUGUGUGCUGAGGAAGCCCUGCCAACAUGAGUGCCGAAACACCAUUGGCAGUUUCCAGUGCCUCUGCCCUCCAGGUUACCAGCUGUUACCCAAUGGCAGGAGCUGUAAAGACAUAGAUGAGUGUGCAGUACAAGGCAUCCAGUGUGGACACAAUCAGAUGUGCUUUAAUACCCGAGGGGGAUACCAGUGCCUAGAUACACCCUGCCCUGCAUCCUAUCAGAGAGGAGGAAGCCCAGGGACAUGCUAUAGGCCCUGCUCUCUGGACUGCGCUUCAGGAGGCUCUCCUCUGCUCCUGCAAUAUAAGCUGCUCACUCUCCCCUUUGGCAUUCCAGCCAAUCACAAUGUGGUGCGACUGUCAGCUUUCUCGGAGUCAGGGAUCCUGCAGGAACGUACGUCCUUCACCAUCCUUGAGCAGGAAGGGGAGACGGGAAUGAUGGGCCAAGUGUUUGGCAUAAGAGAUGAGGCAGGCAGGGGCAUCAUCUUCACGCUGCGUGCCCUGGACAGGUCAGGACUAGUGCGGCUGAAGGUGCAGGCAACCACCCUCUCCGCACAGGGCCGAAUCACCUACCAAAGCAUCUUCAUCAUCUACAUCUCCAUCUCUAUGUACCCGUACUGAGCCCACGUACAUUUUACAACUGACUGUGCCCCUUAGUGGCCUCUGGGUACCUCUCACCCACCACGGCAAGCCUGGAUGCUUGGGAAACAGUAGGCCACAGCAAGAAGCUCCAAUAAAUCAGAAGUCAAGGCAAACCAUAAUUAUUCAGUGGACUUGUGGAGAUGUGACCCCUGAUCUGUGACUGAAAUUAAUUGUGGGAACAAUUUCUAAAAGACCCCGUUCUUUAAAAAAGAAUAUUGCGUUUAAUGGGUUUGGUUGAAUUAAUUUUACAGCAGAGCCUCAUCUGUCUGAGACAUCUGAACUGACUGAUCAACC